AGAAGAAACCAAACUCGGGUUAGUUGGUCCAAAGUCGUAACCUGCUCCAUUAGCCGUGGACAACACAUCACUCUCGUUUUAUAUCAGCCACUUCCGUACCUGUCGCCUUCUAUUUAAUCAAUCGCAUUUAAUCUACGCGUUUCGCGUUUCGCGUCGGUGUUUGACUCGGAAGUCAGUCUUAACAGCGGAGCAAAAGCUUCCAUCUUAAUCAAAAUUCCGGCGGAAAAGCUUAUAUCUUUUCACGGCUCCGGCAACAAAGCUUGUUCAUUUAAACUCCGGCCACCGGAUAAUGCCGGUUCCGGCAGACAGCCUUUGAAAAUGAACCGGAAUCGAAGAAGAAACGUUCAUCAGGUUCAAGGAUGUUUAGGUCGUAUGGUAAACCUGUUCGAUUUCGGAACAGUUGGUAGUGGGAAGAAACUGCUCGAUGAUAAACCCUACUUUGACGAUGAUUGGUUUAUAAAGAGUAAACAGUUUGAUGAGAUAGAAGAUAAAGUUGUGAGGAAUGGUUUUACGGUUGGAGUCAAUGGAACUCCGAUGAAGAUGCUACUAGCUGAGGAGAUGUUCAAAGAUAUGGAACUUAAUCUCGGUUCCACAAACUUGGUUGCCAAGUUGAUGGGUCUUGAUUCUUUCCCUCAGACACAACCGGAUGCUAUAGUUCCAAAGAGUAACAACUCUAAACCUCGGCUAAAGAGGUCGUUAAGUCACGGGGAGUGUAAAAAUGUCUAUGAGAUUUGGGAGAAACCAGUGGAGGGUUUAAGCAAAAAGAAGAUGGACAUUGUCCGUGAGAAGUUCUUGGAGGCCAAACGUUUAGUUACAGACGAUAAGCUUCGACACUCCAAAGAGUUCCAAGAAGCUAUGGAAGUUUUGAGUUCAAACAAGGAGUUGUUCCUCGAGUUUUUGCAGGAGUCGAAUAACUUCUUCUCUCAUCACCUCCAGUCCUCCACAGCGCCACCAACUCCGGAGAAGUCGCCUAAGCGUAUCACUAUUCUGAAGCCUUCAAAGAGCAUUGAGUCUCCUGUUGAAAAGGGUAUUCGUUUGUUCAAAUGGCCUGGUGAAGAUGAAUAUAAUCCGACAAAGCAAACUAGUAGAAUAGUUGUACUGAAACCUAAUGGCCAUGUGGGAAAGGCUUCUUCAUGUCCAGCCUCUCCAAGAGAUGGUUUACCUGUGGAUGACUAUGAGGAGAUAAAAGAUGUGGCUAGGAGAGUGAAGAGACAGAUUCUCAAGGAAGAUACUUCACAUUCUUCUGUCUUCUCCAACGGCUAUGUAGGUGAUGAUAGUUACUACGCAGAUUCUGAGAUCAUAUCACCGGUUUCUAGGCAUUCAUGGGAAUAUAUGAACAGCCCAUUUUCUUCUUCGCCUUUUAGCAUAGCCUCAGGUUCUCCAGAGUCGUCAUCAGUCUGCAGAGAGGCCAAGAAACGGCUUUCAGAAAGAUGGGCAUUGAUGGCAGCAUCCAGACAAAAUUUGCAGGAGGAGGCCCAAGUUGUUGAGAAGAAAGGCGGUAAUAUUUCUUUAGGUGAGAUGCUUGCACUUUCAGAUUCAAAGACUGAUCUUAGAAGUGAUGAAGAAGAAGAAGCAAAUGAUUGUAAUGAAGGACAUGAUGUUAGAGUGUAUCCAUCUUGCUUAGCUGGCGAUUCCAGUAGAGAGGAAUGCAUUUUAAAGCCAUUUAAUAGCCUUAUGAGAUCAAAAUCUCUCCCUGAAUCAUCCACAAGUCUUGGUCAUAGAGCCAUUGAUACCAACAAGGGCGCAUCCAAAGGUCCUGAAGAGUUGACGAAGUCAAAGAGCUUGAAAUGGUCUCUGAAAAGUAAAGUCUCAAAGUUUCUUUUCUCAAGAAACAAGAAAGCAAGUAAAGAGAGAUCUUCUGAGGAAACUCCAGAAUGUGAUGCAUCAGUUUCUGCUAGAAGCUUGGUUUCUCAGGAGGCAGGCUUGUCAAUUGCAAGUUUUGGAAACUCUAGCGAGUGGCGUGAUGAGCCGAGUCCAGUUUCAGUCUUGGAAACUUCUUUUGAUGAAGAUGAUGGAAUCUUUUUUAAUUCCUCUGUUUUGAAUAGAUCAUCCUCCUCUUCUCUUGAACGGGAGAUGAUGAUGUCCAUGAGAUCCAACUUACUAGGCAAAUCUCCCUCCAUUGGUCGGAUUUUUUCAUUCGACGACUCAACAGUAUCUCGGUGCUACUCAUCAAAACGCUCUACUCUUUCCACAAGAGAGGAGGAGGAAGAAGACUUGCGUCUCCUCGUCAACGCACUCUUAUCAGCAGCUGAUCUAGAUGAAGAGUCAGAGUCAUUGUCGUCAUACCUUUUGUCUAAAUGGCAUUCCGUAGAAAGCCCACUAGACCCAUCUUUGAGAGGCAUCUACGCGAACUCGGCAGAACAUCAAAGACUCGGAACCAACGUGAAGCAGCUUGUGUUCGACCUCGUCAACACGCUGCUUUUGGAGCUGACACCGAGCUAUCUCGGACCUCGUGGUCUCAAGAUUCUCUCUGGCAAGACGUUGGGGGCUUAUGCAAUAAACCGGAUGCAAGAAUGUUUAAAGGGUAAUGGAAGGGUGGAAGAUCGGUGGUGGGAUGAAGACGGAGACUUGAGCAGUUUGGCGGUGAAUAGAGUGGUGAGGAUGGAAGUGGCGGAGAUUGGUUCACCGGAGAGUUUGAGGUUGGAAAUGGAUUCCAUGGGAGAAGAAGUAGAGUUAAAGUUGCUGGAGGAGUUAGUGGAGGAGUUUUUGAUGGAUUUUUCAGAACAAUCCAAAUUCUUCAUUUCAAGUAUUUGUUAAUCAUAUAUGAAUGUAUAUUAUAUGGUUUUUUCGUGUGUAUAUGGUUGAAUCAUAGUUUUUUGUUUUUGGUUUCUAGUUUGGGUGACGGAUAACUGAAACAACGAUUUUUUCCAUCAA